AUGUUUUCAAGUGGCGGCGUCAACAGCAGCACACUUUCAAAACUAAUAAAAGAUGUUAUACUACAAUUAGAUAGUUGUGGAUUAGACAUUAUUGGGACGGUGUGUGACCAAGGAGCAGCUAAUCAGGGUGCUAUGAAAAUUUUGAUAUCUUCGUCACCAACUGAGUAUGCAGCAUGCACAUUUACAGUGAAUAAUAAAAGUAGGAUUGUGCUCUAUGAUCCACCACACUUACUCAAAGGUAUUAGAAACCAAUUGUUAAAAAAAAACUUAAUAUGGAAGACAGACAAUGAAAAAUUAACAGCAUCAUGGAGCCAUAUAAAAAAUGCCUACUACAUUGAUGUAUGUAGUGGGGACCUCCGAGCUCUCCGCAAAAUCACGGAAGAGCACAUCACGGAGGAAAAGAUGAAGAAGAUGAAGGUGGCCCAUUGCGCUCAAGUACUUAGCCAUACAAUGGCAGCUACUAUCUCCAUGAUGGCGCGAAAUAAUGAAAUAAGUAGCGAUGGUACCGUAACAAUGCCAAAAGAGGCCAUCGCUACCGAUAAAAUUCUAAAAUUUUUCGAUAAUCUGUUUGAUUCUGUUAAUGGGUCCCUAAGAAUAAACUCAGAAGGGAAACCACUUAAAAUGGUGGCAAAAUCAACAAGCGACCACCGCAACUUUUGGAUUGACAGUAUAAAACACCUGGGGAACAUGUGGUUUGAAGACCACAUUAAAAAAACCAGAUCAAUACCGCCCUCAUUGAAGAACUGGGUUACUACAUUGAAGGGAAUGUUAUCAAUAUUAUGUUAUGUGGAGAGGAAGAAAUUGCCCUUUUUUAUUCCACGGCAAAUAAACCAGGAUCCCUUAGAAAAUAUGUUUGGGCAAAUAAGACAAAUGAGAGGUCGAAACAUUAAUCCCACCUGCCAAGGGUUUGGAGACGCAUUUAAAUCACUUCUUGUGAGAAAAAUGUUGUCUCCUCAUUUGGCAGGUGGAAAUUGCGAAGAAGAUAAUUCAAAAAAUUUGUUAAAGCCAACGGUUUUUUUAAAUAAAUCUGACAAUCCUAACAUGUAUAAUGCUGUCAUCUCUGAUGUAGAGAGACCAUUAUCACCCACACAAAGAAACAUAGAAACUUCAUUAUUGGAAGUAGAAAUUGAAAGAACUGUUUCACCAAGCUUUGAAUUGGAUGGACGUAGGAUUGUUGAUGUUUCAUCUUUUAUGAACCAAAUAUGUGAAAUCGGCUACCAUAAUCCAUUUAAUUGUUCUGUUGUGGAUAUGCAUAUUAUUUCAGAACAAAGAAAUGGUUUGUCUUCACAAAUUACACUUCAAUGUAAAAUGUGCGGAAUACAAAAAAAAAUUACCACUGAUUCCAUUAACACCUCAAAAAUAAAUGAUAGUGUUGUUUUGGUAGCAACGUCUAUAGGAAUCGGCUACUCCCAAGCUGAUGAAUUUUUCUCUGUUCUUGAUAUCCCAUUUAUGGCUAAUAAAACCUACAAUAAUUCUCAUGAUAAUAUAGCUCAUAUAAUUCAUGAUAGUGCCUUAAAAAGUAUGGAAGAAGCAGCUAAAGAAGAAGCUGAAAUAGCCAAAAAUAUAGGAGAUGUCGACAAGAAUGGUAUCCCAUGUAUAACCGUUGUAGUGGGUGGAUCUUGGUCGAAGCGAUCAUACAAUGUCAAUUAUAACGCUCUUUCUGGAGUUGUAAGUGCUUAUUGUGUUAUUAUUUGCCUGUAUAAUCGGUCAACGCACAGGAAAGUUGUUGUACUUAAACAUAAGUAA